CGGAGCUCUCCCGGAAGCGGAGCGCGCCCGGGCGCGCGGCGGCGGGGCAGCGGCGGUCCCGGCGGGGCGAUGCCGGGCAGGAAGUCUGCCAAGGAGAAGAAGCGGCGCCGGUCCCGCUCCUGCUGUCCGGCGGGCGCCUCGGGGGCGGGUGGCAGCGAGAGGAAGCGGAAGAGCACCGAGUCCAGCCACGGUGGCGCGGAGGAAGCAAAAUGCAAUGUACCAUGUGGAGAGAAAGUACAGGAAGCUGAAGAGCCCAGUGAUAUAGAAGAAGGAGGAUUAGAUCUCAGUGUCUCGCUCAAGCCUGUCAGUUUUUACAUCACAGACAAGAAGGAAAUGCUGCAACAGUGUUUCUGUGUCAUAGGCGAGAGAAAACUGCAGAAGAUGCUGCCUGAUAUUUUAAAGAGCUGUUCAAUGGAGGAAAUCAAGAGGCUUUGCUUGGAGCAGUUGGAGCUAUUAUCUGAAAAAAAACUGUUGAAGAUACUUGAAGGCAAAGGUGGAGCUGAUUCUGAUACUGAUGAUGAGGCAGAUGGAGACAAGACUGGAGGUGAAUCAGUCAGUCAACAGGACAACAGUAUAGAUUCUACUUCUUCUCUCAAGCUGGAAAUUCAGGAGUCAAAACAAGGCAAGGGAGAAGAUAGUGAUGUCCUCAGCAUAAAUGCAGAUGCUUAUGAUAGUGACAUAGAAGGCCCAUGCAAUGAAGAAAAUGGCCCAGACGUGCAGGAGAAUGCUGUCAGAAGUGGAGCUGGUCAGAUAGACGACCUGCAGAAGGACAUUGAGAAAAGUGUGAAUGAGAUACUUGGGUUGGCAGAGUCCAGCCCAAAGGAGCCCAAAGCAGCAACCUUAGCUGUUCCUCCCUCAGAAGAUGUUCAGCCAUCAGCACAGCAGCUGGAGCUUCUGGAGCUUGAGAUGAGGGCCAGGGCUAUUAAGGCUCUGAUGAAAGCUGGUGAUGUGAAAAAACAGCUGUGAGAUUGUUUAGACUUAACUUUCAAUAUUUGUUUUAAAGAAUGUGUGAUGUCUGUUCUCAGUGUUGAAGUGUGUUUGGGUUGGGUGUGGCAUUCCUCAUUCAAACUCUGUUGUGUAUUCUGACCUGUGACUUAACAUUGUUGGUUUCAUUGCCUUGAGUGUGCUGCUUCCAUGGGAUAUACAAAGUGGUUGGAUGCUUCACUGAAAUCACGUCUCUGUGCUGGAUUAUCUCCUCAAAGAACCCCACUAUAUAAAGAGCUAUGCCAGGAAUGUGGUGCCUUCCAGAAAGGUUAGGAGAAUCAGAUUUUUUUUUAUAGCCCCAUGGUUAAUAGUUGUCAUCUAUUCUAUUUAUUAGCAACUUUUUUAGCUACUUGAGUAACCUGAUUUAUAAUUCAUGUUAAGGAAAUCUUUGGUUGUGUGACUGCUUUCAGCAGUCUGUGAUGGGAUUUGAGAUUGCUUAUUUCUCUUUGGGGCUCAGCUCAUCAUCAUGUAGCUAUUCUAGUUAAAAUCAGUUAUGUUUCACUUAAAACCAUACUUAAGUUUUAUGAAGUUGAAUUCCUAAAGGGAGAGAUCUUUUCUUUCAAAUAAACACAGAAUCACAGAAGGUUAGGGUCUGGAAGGGACCUCGAAAGACCAUCCAGUCCAAAUGCCCUGGCAGAGGAGGAUCACCUAUACCAGCUUACACAGGAAUGCAUCCAGACGGGUCCUAAAUAUCUCCAGGGAUGAGACUCCACAACCCCCCUGGGCAGCCUGUUCCAAUGUUCUGUCACCCUUACAAAGGAAAAACUCUUUAUCAUGUUUCCUCAACUUCAUGUUGCUUCAGUUUCCACCCAUUGCCCCUUUUCAUGUCAUUGGACAUCACCAAGAAGAGCCUGGCUCCAGCUUUCUGUCACUCAGCCUUCAUGUAUUUAUAAACAUUUUAUGAACAGUUGCACCGUGUUGUUUUCAGAGUUAUGGAAGUGCCUGGAAGUGACAAAUGCCAGAGUUUCAGAGUUUUUAUACUGUUUUGUUGUCUUCUGUGUCAUAACUGAAAUAAAGGGAAAUGUUUGUGGUUUUUUU